AAAUCUUUAGCAUGUGUUCUAGAAAAAAUCAUCUGGAAAACUAAAUUGUGGUAGUUUUCUAUUUAAAAUUAUAACCUAUGUAAAGAAAUUGUGAUCUUUAGUUUUUAGUUAAGCUCAUUUUAUGAUAAGGAAUACUUUGUCUUAUUUUUAGCAACUGACUUAGUCAUUCCUGUAUUUUACAAUCAUUUUAAAUGUCAAAGCAGUCUCCAAUGGAUAAUACAGAAAAUAAUGUAAAAUCUGAAACGAUUGAAGACAUAAUAGAUGCCUGUUGUUAUUCAAAACCCAAACCACCAGAAGACACUCUGUGUGCUGCAUGCAAUCGUCCUAUCAAAGGAAUGAUUGUUCAAGCACUAGGAAAAACUUGGCAUCAGGAACAUUUUUGUUGUUCGCACUGCAAAAAACCUAUCUCAGGGCAGAGAUUUAAUGUUGAAGAAAACAAGCCAUACUGUGAGCACGACUAUUCUCAACUUUUUCUUAAACGGUGUCAAGGAUGUAAUCUACCUAUACUCGAUGUUGUUGUAGUGGCACUAAAUUGUAAUUGGCAUUAUGAUCACUUUGUUUGUGCAACAUGUGGUACCAGACUAGCACAGCAAGGCUAUUAUGAGAGAGAAAACAAUCCUUUUUGUAAGACGUGCUAUGAGGAAAGGUUUUGCCCAAAAUGUAAAGAAUGUUUAAAGCCUAUUAAAGAGACAGCAAUAAUGGCACUAGGAGAAAAAUGGCAUCAAGACUGCUUUAAAUGCUCUCGCUGUUUUGUGCCCAUUACUGAAGCAACAUUUGAAGUUUAUAAUGGGAAGCAACUGUGUGAUAAAUGUAUAACACAAAUUUCGAAGGCAGAAAUGAUUGCUUCAGGGGAAGGAAUAUCGACUAAUAAGACGCUCCCACUUGAUUCUAGUUUAAUCCCAGAAAUGAGCUCUGCUAUAGAGAAAAAAGCUUGAACUACAUUUCUUAACUAAUAAAAGUUUGGUUUUCCAGAGGAUCAGU